ACUGAUGAGAAUCGCCAUUACAAAAGCAUUCAAAGGUGCUUCAAUGGGUGUAACUGCCGAAAGCCUAAAUGCUGCAGAAUUUGAAUGGAUUAGAUAUUUACAAAGAGACAUUUCGGAUAAUUGGACAAAAACAUUUCGAAGACUAUCUCCAGAAAAGAAUGACGCGGGUAUAGUUGUUGUUGGUAAAAGAUUAGCUGAUUGGCUGAAAGCCACUUGGAACAGAACUGAUUUAAUGCUGUUACCUAAUAAAGGUCAUUUUGUGUGGUUAUACUUAAAGUCAGUACAUGAUCAGGAUCACUCAGGAGUAGACGUAACAUUGGCUAAAGUGAGAUCCAGAUUCUGGAUUCCAAAGGUGCGCAAAUACAUUUCUAUGAUUAGGAAAAAGUGCAUUAUAUGUCGAAGACGAGAAAAUAAAUGUAUUGGACAACAAAUGGGACCAUUACCGUUGGAACGACUUCAACCGUCACCAGCGUUUUCGUACUGUUCAGUAGACCUCUUCGGACCUCUUACAAUUAAGGAUACCGUUAAGGGGCGAACUCACGGAAAAGCUUAUGGAGUGUUGUUUAACUGCAUGAGCAGUAGAGCUGUAUAUGUAGAUCUUGCUGAUGGAUACGAUACUAGUAGUUUCAUAAUGGUUUUACGACGAUUUACCUCUAUUAGAGGAUAUCCUAAGAAGAUCAGGUCGGAUCUUGGAUCACAACUAGUAUCAGCUAGUAAGGAACUAAAGGGAGUAGUAAAAAGUUGGCAUUGGGAUACGAUCAAAAUGUUUGGGAACGGUAAUGGCAUGGAAUGGGAAUUCAUGAAAGCAGCUGAUGCUCCUUGGGAAAAUGGAUGUAGUGAAGCAUUGAUUAAAUCCGUCAAGAAAAGUUUAAGUCUUGCCAUUGGACAAUCAAUCAUGACAUUUUCUGAACUACAAACCGUGUUACUUGAAGUAGCCAACAUUUUGAAUGAGCGACCUAUAGGAACUUCAACGUCUGAUCCGAACGAGGGAACUUAUUUAUGUCCGAAUGAUCUUAUUCUCGGAAGAGCAUCUUCGAAUGUGCCAGUAGGACAUUGGGAUCAAUCAGACGAUUUCAAAAAACGUUGGAAAUUCGUGCAACAAGUAGUUAAUACAUUCUGGAGAAAAUGGCACAGGGAUUAUUUUCCAUCGUUGAUUAUUAGACAGAAAUGGCAUGUGAGUAAACGCAACCUUCAAGUUUUGGACCUUGUUCUUGUACAGGACAAUAAAUCGUUUCGUAGUAAUUGGAAAUUGGGACAAAUAGUUGAAGCAAACUCAAGUAGAGAUGGCGUGACGAGGGAUGUAACCGUUCGAUACAAGAACAUUGGACCAGGAACUAAAUACACCGGAACUCAGGACUUAUUGAUCCGAAGAUCUGCACACAGAAUUGUAGUGUUGCUUCCAGUUGAAGAACAAUGUUAGUAACAAAUGAGAGUUAAUGUCACACAAACUUUAUGGCGGGGAAUGUAUCGGAUCGAUAAACAUUAUAACUUUGAUUGAUAAUUAAUUUUGGAUUGUAUGGCGAUUAUUUUAAUCUGAUAACUUUUCCGAUAUUAGUAUUGAUUUUAUGACGGAUUUAUCCUGAAUUGUUUAUGUGAUAAAGUACAUUUUACGUUAAAGUAGCGGUGCUCCAAAUUAUGGAGGUAUUAUCAUGAGUAGAAGUUACUGUAUACAGACUCGUUUCUUUCCCCUUACUCGAUUUAACACUGAAAUGGUUUUUGAACUUCUUUGUUCAUUCUGGAAAACCUACAAGUUAAUAGCAAAUGAUUGAUAUGAUAUAGGCCGUCAAUGCGUUGAAACAUCAUUUACAAUAAAAAGUUACAGCCUUUGACGAAUUAUCUUCAUACACUUAUCUUA